AUGUCGUAUAGAGCUUCUCAUGUCGCUCAGGCCGAGAAGGGUGUGCAAAACUUGGUGGUGGUGGACAGAAUCAGUGCAUUGCCGAAUGAGCUUAUAUACCUCAAAGCUCUUGAUUUCGGGUCUGUAGGACUAACUGGACAAGUUCUGGAGUGCUUCUUGUCUAACUGUCCAGUUCUUGAGCGAUUAAAAGUGCUUGUUUCAUUCAUUUAUGUUGGAGAUGAGAUAAACUUGCUGCUUAAGAAUGUACCACAGCUUGUUGAGGUGUCCAUUUCAUUUAAAGAGUGUCAUUCUCAGCGAGAGGUUCUAAAAUCUCAGCUAGAGGUUCUCAGUCUGAACAAUUUUGUGUUCUACAAUGGGAAAGAUGUAUUUCCUGCAUUUGUAAAUCUGAAGCAUUUGGAAGUAGGAUUCAAAGAAGUUGACGAUUGCUGUCUACUUCAAUUGGCUUCUUCAAUGAGGGCAUCUCCUUUUUUGCACAACCUUGUGUUGAAGUUGGCAAAGGUAAUCUCUAUAUAUUAUAGCAGAGAAAUGCAGAUUAAGCAAGCUCCCAAAUGCUCCCAUGAAUACCUUAGGGUAGUAGAAGUGGCAGAGUAUCAUGGUCGUACAAGUGAUUUUGAACUUGUCAUGUAUUUGAUAGAGAAUGCUGUUGAACUAGAAAAACUUGUUAUCCGUCCUGUCGGCACAUGGUAUUCUUAUGACCGGAGGAUGCAGUAUGACGGAAAUGCGGAGAGGGAAGAAAAGGCGGAAAGAAAACAAGCUACUCAGCAGCUUAAAGAACAAAUGCCUUCAACUCUAGAUUUCAUAUGCCGGCUGUAG